AUGAUUGGCCUUACAAUCCAGCAGCCAAAGCUCAACAAUGUUUCCACAGUGAUGCAGUUCGUCCUCCUGGGAUUCUCUGACCUUCCAAGCCUUCAAGGGUUUUUAUUUGUAAUAUUCUCCAUAAUGUACUUGAUUAUCUUGAUUGGAAAUUGCCUCAUAAUAUUAAUAACCAGGCUUGACCCUGCAUUACAUAAACCCAUGUAUUUUUUUCUUGCAAAUUUUUCUUUGCUGGAAAUCUGUUAUGUGUCAGUCACUCUCCCUAGGAUUUUGUUCAACCUUUGGACUCAAGACAGAAGAAUUUCCGUUCUGUCUUGUGCCACACAAAUGUGCUUCUUCUUAAUGCUGGGAGCCACUGAGUGUUUCCUCCUGGCUGUGAUGUCCUAUGACCGCUAUGUGGCCAUCUGCAACCCUCUGCAUUAUCCUCUGGUCAUGAACCCAACAAAAUGUUCUCAGCUGGCAGCAGGUUCCUGGUUCAGUGGCAUCCCAGUCCAGAUAGGACAAACCUGUCAGAUAUUUUCUCUGCAUUUUUGCAAUUCUAAUAGAAUAAGUCAUUUUUUCUGUGAUUUACCUCCCAUCCUGAAGCUGGCCUGUGGGGACACUUCAGUGCAUGAGCUGUCUGUCUAUGUAGUGGCUAUGCUCUUUGUUGCCUUCCCUUUUAUGCUGAUACUUGCCUCCUAUAGCAGAAUCAUUGUCACCAUUCUGAAGUUGCCAACAGCCACAGGACGGGCUAAAGCCUUCUCCACGUGCUCUUCCCACCUGGUGGUGGUGUUUUUGUUUUUUGGAUCUGCGACUAUUACUUACUUAAGGCCAAAGUCCACUCAUUCGCCAGGAAUUGACAAAUUGCUCUCUCUUUUUUACACCAUUGUGACCCCCAUGUUCAAUCCCAUGAUAUACAGUCUUAGGAACAAGGAUGUGAUUACAGCACUGAGAAAAUUAUUACUUAAAAAAUAG